AUGAUGCGAAUAAAAUACUAUUACGAUGUUCUGUGUCCAUAUUCUUGGCUGGGAUAUCAGGUAAACCUUCAAAUCUUAUUUUAGCCCACUUUUUCGAAAAGUUUUUAUUUUUUAUGCUGUAAAAUACGGGUUUCUUUCAGAUCUUAGCUCAAAAAACCGCUGGUUGGAGAGAAAUCGGCGACUACAGCUUGGAUUACAUUCCACACAUGUGGCCAAAGAUCUACAAAGCAGUUUGUAUGUUGCUUUAGGUGUAUUAUUAGCUAAAAUUAAUUCCAGCUAGCCACUCAAUCGAAGACGUGUGUCAAGCCAAGUACAAUUACGUUCAGAAGGAUCUCAGGGACAUUUGUGAACAUUAUGAUCUUCCUACGGGUAGUUUUGAAGUGAGUGUCUUUGGUUUUUCGUUGUUGAAAUUUAGAGGUCAUGAAUAAUGUAAUUUCUCUAUGAUUAGUGAUAAGAUGAUUAUGAAUCGUUCUUAUCCCUUCCGUUAUAGAGAAUGUACAAUCGAGAGCUUCGAAGCAACUCAUCGUUGUGGUUUCUAAACCUUAUAAAAAAGAAGCACGGCCCUGGCCUUCAUCAACGGUUCAUGGAGAAGUUCUGGGAGCGGAUAUACCUAGAAAACCGCACUGCAAAUUGCACCAACGACUUCCUCGACGUCAGUGAACAGCUGGAGAUCCCGUUUUCCGAGUCUCAGCGACUGUGUAUGCAUACGGAGCAACGGUCGAACGUUUUGGACUUGACCGAAACAAGGCUGUAUCUUCAAGAAGAAGCGAGGGCGAUUGGGUCGCCGUGGAUUGAAGUACAUAUCAAUGGGUGGGACCUCAAAUUCUUCGAUGUGAUGCGGUUAGAACUCAUCGAUGAAAUCUUCAAAGAUCCGUCGCUAAUUCCGGAUAAUGACAAGUUCACCAGGAUAUCAGCUCUCUAA